CAACAUUUUUAUCGCCUCGGGCGACUUUGCCUUUUUCUUCUACGUGUCUUCGAAGUUGUGACCCUCUCGUCGCCAGUUCGGGAAAGAAGGGUCAGCCGCGGCGCGCGAAUCGGCAACUCGGAUUGCGUUCCUUCACCGGGGUAGUGACGGUCUGAUCGCGCGGCUGCUAUCUCGAGUGACAUACUUUUCUCUCACGAGAGAGGAGAGACUCUCAUCGAUGAGCCGCCGGAAGGGAAACUGUGUGUGAUCUAUCUCCGAGGAGGCUAGUGUGAUUACUCUCGAGUGUGGGCGACGACCUGCGAGCGCAGUGGGAGUUUUGCUAGUGUGACAUGCCAGUGUAUCGUCGUCGGGUGCAGUGACCGUAUUAAUAGCAGGUGUGAUCAAAGACUCGCUUUCGUGCGCGGCAUUAGCUGACGGCGAUCGUGAAGUGCAUAGUGACUGGCUUACAACGAGGUGGAGGUCCGGAGGUUGCCGCUCCAUCCUGAUCGUGUCGCACCAUCGCGUUAGAGACCAUCCGGAGGAUUGAAUCGCUCCCGGUGCGAGGGACACGAUGCGUCCCCGAUUGCAGCCCUCGUUAGAGGGUUGAAUCCCCGAUUCCGCGAUCGGCCGACACGGGUCCGCGGGUGUUGGACACGACGAGCUCGUCGGCGAACGUCCGCCCGAGGACAUCCCUGCCGUGACGCGAGGUGAUCUCGCCGAGGGCCAACCGUGUACCACAUUCCCGCGCUGCAAGAGGAACCUCGCGAAGAUGCGGGACCGGCUCUCGUGGUACAUGGUCUUCCUGAUCCUGCCGACAAUCCUCUUGGCCAGGUCGCUCGAUAAGGAUCGACGCGUACCCUACAACAUACCGUCUGAUUGGAGGGCCCUCUGGUUCAGCAAUCUCGACGAGCUACAGAGAGUGAACGAUGCGAACGACAACAACACCGUCUCCAACGUCACGGUGCAAUUGGGCGGUACCGCCUUCCUCCACUGCAAAGUUCGCAAUUUGGCGGAAAGGACCGUCUCCGAUGCCGAGAUAUCGUGGAUCCGGCGACGUGAUUUUCAUGUCUUAACGAGCUCCAUGUUCACAUACACGAACGACGAGCGAUUUCAAGUGCUGCAUCCCGAAGGCUCGGACGAUUGGACUCUUCAAAUAAAAUACGUCCAGGACAGAGAUAACGGGACAUACGAGUGUCAGGUCUCGAGGAGUACAGGGAUACUGUCCCAUUUUGUCAAUCUAAAUAUAGUGAUACCAGAGGCGUUUAUAUUAGGAGGCGAAGAGCAUCACGUCGAUGUAGGCUCUAUCAUAAGCCUCGUAUGCAUAAUAGAGAAGAGCCCGACGCCGCCGCAAUACGUGUUCUGGUAUCACAAUAACCGGAUGAUAAACUACGAUACCACGCGCGGCAGCGUGACCGUACAAACCGAUCCAGGACCAACUCAGAGCCGGCUGACGAUUCGCCAGGCGGUCGAGUCCGACACGGGCAAUUACACGUGCAGCGCCUCCAACACCAAGCCGGCAUCGAUCUUCGUCUUCGUCACCGAAGGUGACAAGAUGGCAGCGAUACAGCGUCGCAAGACGUCGGCAGCCGGGAGGAAUCGGUCGGGGGUGCUGUUGCCGGCGUUACUCAUCGUAGCAGGCGUCGUUUUAGCGCGAUAAGCGUCUCACUUGGAAAUGUCCAUAACUAUUACACCAUUACACUUCCGUUUGUGAUAGAUAGGAUAUUACUCCCGGGACUGUACGGUCCUCCGCCCUCCUUUUUCACCCCCCCGAUCCACCCCGUCUGUCGUCCCUCCACUUCAUCCCUCGCGGGUCUUCUUCUUCCACCCCCUCCUCCUCCUUUCCUGCCUAGUUCCCGUCUUCCAUCCCAUCUUCCUCUCUUCCCUUCCUCCCUUUCAUCCCCCUCUUUCUUCGCUCGCGUCCCCCUUAUCCCUUAUUUACCUUAGUCGAGGUUGCCGCCGGCUGGACUAUUUAGAUAUGCGAGAUUUUCGUGGAAGAUUGCGCGAUUGCCUGCUCCAAGUCAUUACGCGCGACGCGCAUGCGACUCGAAUUAUGUAAAUACUCGCCGGGUCGAAUACGCCACGACGACGCGGAUUACGUAGGCCAGGUCUGUCCAACUUCCGGGUACGCUGCCGAUCGUUGUUCUACUCUCAUCAGGUUCUUCAGCUCAGUCGGAUGGAAAACUCGCUUGGUUAGUACAAACGGAUCGAUCACGACAACAAGGUGAGAACACAUUUCUCCAAAAAUCCAGAUAAUGGGGUGCAAAAACGUACAUUUUUUAAUAUGUUGUGUGUGUGUGUGUGUGUGUGUGUAUGUGUGUAAAAGUGACGCAAGCGUCGUUUCGUCUAAGAACAACAUUUCUACUUUACACUUAUUAUCGUUACAAUUUUAUUUCGUGAGUUUGUAUUGUUUUUUGAAUAAUCAAAUAAUGAUACACAAUGAUUAAGAAAAUUUGAUAGAUUUUGGAAAUAUGCUGCUCAAAUGAUUAAGGUCUUCUUUGGAUAAAUUGUACGAUUCAACUUUGCAAUAAACCACUUAAUUUUAAUUAUAGAGCAAUAUAAUAUUGAUAUGAUUCGAUUUUAUACUGUAAGAAUAAUGCACAUUAAAUAGCAAUAGCAAUUAAUAGCAAUAUUAAUUGAAUACAUU